UUUCAGACACCAAAAAAAAAAAAAAAACGAAAGAGUUCCACCCAAUCCCGGAUCCUAUCGAUAAUUCGCCCCCGAAAAAUUUCUAUCAUUAGGUCAAUCUUGCUUUCCCAAUCUCAAAUCUUCUGCAGGAGAUAGAGUUUCAGCAUAGUUGGGCAUUGAUGGAGUUAAUGUUUAGGUGUUUUUCCUGCAGUUGGUAGUAGCUAACGAAAGUGUAAUUUUUUUUUAUUUAUAGUUAGUAGGAGGCGAAUUCGAUUGAAAAUCCUAAAUCAUGUAUACAUCUGAAGCUGCCUCCACUGUCCGAGGUGGUCUAGCAACAGAUAAUGGAGAUUCAAUUGUUUCACUUGAUCAAGUUCCGAGGUGGAGUGAUUCGGAGGCUAGGCACUCCUUCGAUCAUGAGGAUUCAGCUCUCCAUAAUUUGGAUUUCCAAGACCCGUUGGCAUCUACAUCUGAAGGAGGGAGUAGUGGGAAUGGGAUGGUGUCUAAAUUUCCUGUAGAUUAUGAAAUCAACUCAAAGAUAUAUCUGUGGAGGGGAAAUCCUUGGAAUCUUGAGGUUGAUGCUGUAGUCAACUCAACAAAUGAGAAUUUAGAUGAAGCACACAGUAGCCCUGGUUUGCAUGCUGCAGCAGGACCUGAUCUUGCAGAAGAAUGUGCAACAUUGGGUGGAUGCAGAACUGGAAUGGCUAAGGUGACUAAAGCUUAUGACCUUCCAGCGAGGAGGAUUAUGCAUACUGUUGGUCCUAAGUAUGCUGUGAAAUAUCAUACAGCUGCAGAAAAUGCCUUGAGUCAUUGCUAUAGAUCGUGCCUUGAACUUCUCAUCGACCAUGGCCUUCAGAGCAUUGCAACAGGCUGCGUAUACACAGAAGCCAAGAAUUAUCCCAGAGAACCAGCUGCUCAUGUGGCAAUAAGAACUGUAAGACGAUUUCUUGAGAAACAGAAGGACAAAAUACACGCUGUUGUAUUUUGUACCACAACAGCAUCAGAUACAGAAAUAUAUAAAAGACUCCUUCCAUUGUACUUUCCGAGGGAUAAACUUGAGGAGCAUAUAGCUAUUUCGAAACUUCCUGCUGAUGUUGGUGAUGAAAAUGGUGAGACAGUCAUUGAUGAACGCAAAAUCAGAAUAAAGCCUUUACCCAACUUGAAGGCAACAGCGCCAAGCUCUCCCCAAACCUGCACUGAGCUUCCUGUCAGUGAACUUAAGUUGACUCGACGGAACUCAGCGUAUUUGGAAUCGUAUCUGGAUCCGGUAUUUAUGUCCUUGAUCAAAAAUCCAGAUCAGAGACGCAGAGAACAGUGGGAAAAAGCUGCUCAGGCACAAAACGGCUGGAAUUAUGCUAAAGUACUUGGAUAUGGAGACCUUGGGGUUCCUCCUUUAUCUGCUGCCGAAGAAUAUUCACUCCAUUCUAGAUAUCUCACCAAAGCAAAUUCACUCAAUCUUUCUGACAUUGCUGAAAUGAAAAUUGUUUACCGUGGCGGGGUUGAUAAUGAAGGUCGCCCAGUCAUGGUAAUUGUUGGAGCUCAUUUUCUUCUAAGAUGCCUCGAUCUAGAGCGAUUUGUGCUGUACGUGGUAAAGGAAUUCGAGCCCUUGAUUCAGAAGCCUUACUCGAUAGCUUAUUUCCACUCCGCAGCAUCCUUGCAGAUGCAACCCGAUCUGGGGUGGAUGAAGAGAUUAGAGCAAAUUCUUGGCCGGAAACACCAGCGCAAUUUACAUGCAAUUUACGUCCUCCAUCCAACUUUUGGCCUGAAAGCUGCAAUAUUUGCAAUGCAAUUGUUUGUCGACAAUGUGGUGUGGAAGAAAGUGGUCUACAUGGAACGUCUCUUGCAGCUAUUCAAAUAUAUCCCCCGCGAACAGCUGAGCAUUCCUGAUUUUGUUUUCCAGCAUGACUUAGAAGUGAAUGGCGGCAAGGGAGCCAUAGUCGAUCCAAGAACAAAUUAUGUCUGCCAGAAAGCGUAGCUGAGCUCGGCAUCGUCAUUCUUUUAGUUCUAUUCAUUUUUUGGCCUCUGUAAACCAUCUUCUUAGUGUAUGUUCAUAUGCCCUACUUCACAUUUUCACGAAGAAAUUUGUGUAAUAAGGAUUCAUAUUCUUUUUUCUCUUUGUACAAAUAGAAGUUUGAAAGAACACUCUCCUUAGUCCUUUCUUUGAGCA